AUGAGGCAACAAUUGAUUGAAGAAAAUAAGGCUAAACGACGGGAGAAAUAUGAAAAAAGUGUUGAUUGUAAGGAUCCGUUACCGGUAUCUGAAGGGUUGACCACACCUUUCCCUCGAAGUGAAGGGUUAAGCGGAUUCUUGAAUGACUUAAUUGAAAAUACAGUGAAUAUUAGUGAUGAAGAGAUCAAUAACCAGAUCAUAGAUAUUGAGAGUAGUGUAAUGUCUGAGACCAGUAGUGUCAUUGAAGUUACGGCUGCAGAUCCUCAACUAGUGAUCGCACCGGUAUUCCCAGUGAUCAGCAAUUAUCACUCGUGGAACCAAUUGGAGUCAAUCCGUAUAACAGAACUGUUGAACGCCUCAAAACUUCUUGACUAUCCGUUGAGUGAAAAUGUAGUCAAAGUCCAUACGUUUAAAGAUAUGAUCGGUUUUACCAAACGUUUGAAUGGAUUCAAGAGUUUCUGUUCCGAUGAUCAGUGGACUCUCAUGAAGAAUGGAUGCAUUGAAAUGCUUACAUUGAGACUAUCGCUGGGUUAUAAUGACGAGGGUCAGAAUUUUCGGAUGCAUGUGGUGAGCAUAUGA